GUGGGUGAGAGAGAAAAAGAUGACAGAACAAGAUAGAUUACUACAUAUUUUUAAUAGAGCAUUUCCUGUAAUGUGAGAUGCCAUUAAAACACACACUCAAUCAUUGGCAGAGGAGAUGGAGUGUCAGAAGUGUAAUAUCGCUGAUUGGAUGAAUGCUGGAGAGGACAUAUCUUGGGAACUUACUCAAACUUUUUGGCAAAGUACCUGUUGGCGUUUGUGAAGAGAGUUUGUGUACAGUAUGCAGCAUCAGGGUCGACUGAGACUGAGAGCGUGGCUGGAAGAGCAAAUUCAUUCAGGGAAAUAUCCAGGGGUCAGAUGGCUCGACCGGUCAGCACAGAUUUUUCAGAUUCCUUGGAAGCAUGCAGCUCGUCAUGGCUGGAGUAUUGACCGGGAUGCCACUCUCUUCAGGAGCUGGGCAAUGCACACUGGGCGAUAUGAACCAGGAAAGGACAAACCAGAUCCAAAAACAUGGAAGGCAAAUUUUCGAUGUGCGUUGAAUUCUUUGUCUGAUAUCUGUGAGCUGAGGGAGCACAGCAAGAAAAAAGGAACAAAUGCAUACAGGGUCUAUCGGAUGAUGCCAAACAAGCAAACACUUAGGCGGAAGAGAGGGCAGAGAUCAAACCGGUCUGCAGCAAACAGAGACAAUGAAAGAUGUGCCACACAGUCCUGGCAGCCUGUUCCAAUCAAAUCUACUCCAGACUCAGUGCAAAAAGACAUUUUUAGCAGCACUUCGUCACAUGCGGUGUCUACAGUGGUCGAUGAGCAGGAGCAGAAAGAAGCCGUUUAUAAGUUAAUGGACCAUCUGAAUAACGCUGACAGUUGGAGCCACAUGUGUGAACCUAGAUCAUGGAGAACACAUUCACUUGAGAAUCAUUGGCAUUGGUCAUCAGAGGAUUUCAACCCACAAACAGAAAACUACAAUGAACUUUUCCCAAACUAUAUCAGAGAACUCAAUGACUGGUCUUCCUAUCACCCAACAGUGACACAAUAAUGCUUUAACUCUCUUCCCCUGGACUACUGUGAUAUGCCUCAGUGGUUUUACCUGCUGAGCUGAGCAUUGAACGAGGGAAACCAGAGAGGGGUACCUGAGAGGUAAAAGUGCCCUGUCAGUCAUCUACUUGCCUGUGUUUGUGCUGAGUGUAUAAGAAAUGAUCCUCUUCCAAACCAAGCCUCUGUCAUUCAAGUUUUUGGUUCACUGAACUCCCAUGAGGGAUAAAAUUAUGGAUCUGUCAGUACAUGAUUUACUGUUGUCUAAAGUUUAAUGUGCAAGAAUGUUUAAUGUCUGAGCUACUCAAAUUUUGAUUUUAAAUAUUUUAGUUGGUUGCAAGGGUUUCUGUAUUAGUGACUACCUCUUGAAAACACUGUGGCUUCAAUCCCAUCCUUGCCCUUUGUCCAUGAAUAGCAACUAUUUCUGGUCACUGUUCCUACCACACAGAUUUUGUAAAAAUAAAAUACAAACUGGUAGUUAGAAAA